AUGUUGUAUGAAGCAAAAUGGUUAGAACAAAGGAAGACAACCGAAGGAAAACAUAAUAUUUUGUCCAUUAUCAAAGUUGGAAUAGUAAACGAGAAGAAUGUGUGCACGGCGAUGGAGCAUUAGCAGUGAAUGAUGCCAAUAUGAACAAAAUGGCAUCAUUAAAAGAAAUUAUGUAAGCAAUUUGACUAUCAGUACUUGACCGUUUUAAGUACUGUCAUUAUUACAGAAGAAACUUUUCGAAAUACACCCACUGUAAAAAAAAGGAAACAUAAAAUUUCUGAAAUUCCAUCAGAAUUUUAUCCAGUGAUAAAUAUUUCUCCUCCACCAGAGUCCAAACUAAAAGAGGAGGUAAUUUAUAUUUUAUAUUAAUUAUUUAGCAUAACAAAAUAUGUUAUUUGUUUCACUAAUGUCUUCCUCCAAAAAUCAGUAGUUUUUCUGAACUUGAGAUAACUGAAGAAAGAAAACCCGCUGAAACAACUGUAGUAACCGAAGAAACGUUAACAAUCCAAUCUGUUGGAACACCUGAAGUAAUAUACUUUACAAGUUUGAUUGAAGCAACUAAAGAAAAUGAUAAUAAUAAUUCUGAAAGAAUUGACGUAAGCAAAUUGAUUGAAGCAACUAAAGAAAAUGAUAAUAAUAAUUCUGAAAGAAUUGACGUAAGCAAAUUGAUUGAAGCAACUAAAGAAAAUGAUAAUAAUAAUUCUGAAAGAAUUGACGUAAGCAAAUUGAUUGGAAACACUAGAUUUUCACUUAAAUAA